AUGCACUCUGGCUCAUUCAAUUUCAGUCUAAGAUUGCAUUGGGAAGAUGGUGGCGAGGACUGGCUGAUUCGGUUUCCGUUGCCAGGAAAAUCGAUGUUCCCAGACGAGAAAGUCCACAGAGAGGCCGUACUCAUGGAAUUCAUCGGUAGCAGGACCCAGAUUCCCGUCCCCCGUGUCAUUGCUUAUGGAGCAGCGCACGAGAAUCCUACUGGUCUUGGGCCCUUCAUCAUCAUGACCUGGAUUGAAGGUAGGAAAAUGUCAGAGAUUCUUCGAAAAGACAGGCCAGGGAAGGAAGAUAUUUUGAACCCCGACAUUGACCCCCGAACGUUGGGGCUACUUUAUAGCCAGAUGGCAGAGAUACUACUGGAGCUCUGGAACCUCAACUUCGAUAGCAUCGGUUGUCUAGGUCAAGACAAACAAAGUGGGCAGUAUAUGGUUGAUGGCCCGCCUUUGACAUUGGAAGUCAACGAGCUCAUGCGGACCUGCGGGUUGGGAAACCGCACUCCGUCAGGCGUAUAUCACAGCUCUACCGAUUAUAUUGCAUCGUUGUUGCAACUGCAGUCAACUCACCUGAGGGAACAACGGAAUAGCGUGUAUGAUUUCGAAGAUUGCCGGGAGAAGUAUGCUUGUCGCCAUCUGAUGAAAGCUAUAGCCUUGGAUUUCAUUUCCCAGGAAGAUAAUCACGGACCUUUUAAGUUGUUCUGCGACGACUUCGGACCUGGCAAUGUACUUGUGGAUGACUCUCUCCACGUCACGGGAGUUAUUGACUGGGAGUUUUGCUAUACAGCUCCCAUUCAAUUCGCCGGUGGUAUUCCAUCGUGGCUCCUUCUUCAACGGCCUCAUCGAAUUAUUAAUGAACUUGGUGCUGCCGGCUUUCUCGAUAUGUUUCUCCCCAGAGCAGAGGUUUUUCUGAACUGUUUGGAACAGAAGGAGGGAAUCACUGGGGCUAACCCUGAGGACAGACUUUCAGCACGUAUGCGAAAAUCAAUCGAAGACAGGAGCGCCUGGUUUAUUCUUGCCGCACGGAUGGUAUCAUCCGUUGACAUGAUCUAUUGGGAGUUACUCGAUGAAUUCUGCUGGGGAACGCGAUCAUCCAUUGCAGAGAGGAUCCACACCGUCACCACAAUUCCCGAAAAGCAUAAAGAGCGCGAGAGGUUCGUGCGUCUCAAAGUUCGCCAGCUUCAGGAAUACUAUACCGAGCUGGGUGAAGAAACAACAGUCGAAUAUGAGGAAGAGAGGUUUACAAAACCAGAGGAAACUUUCGACCAUGGGACAGACUGUGCUAAAUUGUCUUCUUCACGCUCUGUUACAGCCCUGGGUACAGGAAGCCAUGUCUCUCUACCGCUUUGUAUUGGUUUCUUUUCACUGGGCUGCGCGGUUGGCCUUUUAGCAAAGAGAUUUAUCGUCAGGUGA